AUGCACAUGGUGGGUAAAUGCCCAGCUGGAAGCAUGGAUGCUUCUUGGCCGAAUAUUUGGUAUGGUUUAUUCGUGUUUGUUUUGAGGCAUAUCCAGCCUGCUGUUCAACUUUUGCUUGUCGCACAGCUGGCACAGCGGCUUGCUGAGCAGCUGGAUUGCGAAACGGGCAACUGCCAGUUUCCAGUCUUUGAGACCAACGUGCCUCCGUGUUCAACGCCUCGACGAAUGUUUGAAAGAGACCUUUUUCCAGUGGCUUUCACAGAGAAGGAGUCUGACGCAAACAAGAACAGGCGAGACUCAUGGGUUACGAAGGUGCCUGAAGAGGGAGAUGAUUUGGAGGAGUUUGAGGAGUCUGACGAGUGUCAGUGGUUCGAUGACGGAGUUGGUGGCGUUGCCCAGGCAUCUACACAGCACUUGUUGCCCACGACCGAUUCCAAGAAUGAUUCAGAGGCACAGGAAAGGUUGCUCAUGACUGACUCCGAGGAGAAUCUGGAGGUGGCGACGCCACAGAUGUUCGACAUCAGCAGUGAUUUGGACGGUGAGUCCGAGGUGGCGACGCCACAGAUGUUCGACAUCAGCAGUGAUUUGGACGGCGAGUCCGAGGAGCCGGUUUUGCCGGAGAUGCCCUUCGCUCCCCCUGAGGGGGAUUACGGCGACGACAGUGAGACGACGGAGAACCUAGAGCAGUUCGGACACGAGCAGGGCAGGGAUACAUUGGUAUCUACUUCUGGCUCCAGUGGAUCUUCGUAUCAGGCCGUUUUUUUUGCUCAUUUUAUCGUCCAUGUGGGAGACUUCGGUUGUGUGUCCAGUGGUCAGGACUUUGACACUGGGUGGGAGUACCUCUAUGACGGUCUGGUUUGCCCUGAGGUGACCGAAGUGUUAGAGUACAACCUUCAAGCAGUGUCACGCAACUUUUCGAGUCGCGAGGUUUGGAUGACCCACUUGUUCAACUUGAUGGAUUUCGAUUCAUUCCAGCCUGUCACUGGCAUUCCGACUGCCCCGGUGUGGCAUCCAAUUGAAGAGCUCUCGGCUUGUAUACGCAUUACUGCUCAUUGCACAGACAAGUCUUUGUCCAUGAGAGAGAGACUCUGGUCUCCUCCUGUAGUGCAAUUUCGUGCCGAAGCUUCAGAAGGCUUCCAAGGCUACUGGCAAGCCCUAUUUGGCCCGUGGGCUAAGAAACUCCAAGGCAAGUAUGUUGCCUAUGUCGACUCGGUGGUCAAGAAGGGGGACGCUCGUUUCUUAGACGACUUGAGCAACUUUCCGAGUCUGCAAAACAUGGCGCUUCUCACUGGUCUGGUCACAGUCGCAGAGGAAACGCAGGCACAAAAAGCAGAAACCAAGGACGAGGCUGCUACAUCGGAAAUCCACGCCCAGCUGCUAUCGGCCAAGGAGGAGGUGGCAUCUUUGAAAGCCCAGCUCUCUACGAAUGAGGCCAUUCGGAAUGAUCUUCAGUCAAAGCUGGCAAAUGCACAGGAGGAGGUCCGAACGGCAAGGGAAGCACAGCAGGCGAGUGAAGAGGCUUGCCGGAAGAUGGAGGCGGUGUCGCCACAGAUGUUCGACAUCAGCAGUGAUUCGAACGAUGUGUCCGAGACGUUCGACAUCAGCAGUGAUUCGAACGAUGAGUUCGACUCCGAGGAGGUGGCUUUACCGGAGAUGCCCUUCGCUCCAAGCGAGAGCGACGACGAAGACAAAGCCUUGCAUGACGCCAUACUGAAGGAAGUGGAGCAAAGCGUGCAGGCUUUGAACCAAGCCCAACAAAAACACCGUGAAGAAGUGAAGGAUUUGCGAGUAUACAAAGUUCUGUAUGAGUCGCGAGAUGAACCUGUCCAGAUCAAUGGCAACGCUCUGAACUUCGCGGUUGCUUGGAACAAGUCAGGCAUAUCCAGCCUGCUGUUCAACUUUUGCUUGUCGCACAGCUGGCACAGCGGCUUGCUGAGCAGCUGGAUUGCGAAACGGGACCUUUUUCCAGUGGCUUUCACAGAGAAGGAGUCUGACGCAGACAAGAACAGGCGAGACUCAUGGGUUACGAAGGUGCCUGAAGAGGGAGAUGAUUUGGAGGAGUUUGAUGAGUCUGACGAGUGUCAGUGGUUCGAUGACGGAGUUGGUGGCGUUGCCCAGGCAUCUACACAGCACUUGUUGCUCACGACCGAUUCCAAGAAUGAUUCAGAGGCACAGGAAAGGUUGCUCAUGACUGACUCCGAGGAGAAUCUGGAGGUGGCGACGCCACAGAUGUUCGACAUCAGCAGUGAUUUGGACGGCGAGUCCGAGGCGGCGAAGCAGCAGAUGUUCGACAUCAACAGUGAUUUGGACGGCGAGUCCGAGGAGCCGGUUUUGCCGGAGAUGCCCUUCGCUCCCCCUGAGGGGGAUUACGGCGACGACAGUGAGACGACGGAGCACCUAGAGCAGUUCAGACACGAGCAGGGCAGGGAUACAUUGGUAUCUACUUCUGGCUCCAGUGGAUCUUCGUAUCAGGAGCCGGUUUUGCCGGAGAUGCCCUUCGCUCCCCCUGAGGGGGAUUACGGCGACGACAGUGAGACGACGGAGCACCUAGAGCAGUUCGGACACGAGCAGGGCAGGGAUACAUUGGUAUCUACUUCUGGCUCCAGUGGAUCUUCGUAUCAGGUGAUCCCAAAGGUACGAAGACCAUGUGUAUGGAUUCACGGCAUUCCAUUUGAAGCGAAGACCGAGGACUUUGACACUGGGUGGGAGUACCUCUAUGACGGUCUGGUUUGCCCUGAGGCAGAGACAAUCACGAAAGUUCAGGAAGCAAGGCAUGAUGCAAGGCUGGCCGAGGACACUCUCUGUCCUCAGAUAUUUCUUCAUCUCCUCGGCUUCCUACCUGUGACCGAAGUGUUAGAGUACAACCUUCAAGCAGUGUCACGCAACUUUUCGAGUCGCGAGGUUUGGAUGACCCACUUGUUCAACUUGUUGGAUUUCGAUUCAUUCCAGCCUGUCACUGGCAUUCCGACGGCCCCUGUGUGGCAUCCAAUUGAAGAGUUUUCGGCUUGGGUCCGCAUUGCAGUCACAUGCACGGACAAGUCUUUGCCCGUCAGAGAGAGACUGACUUCUCCUCCUGUAGUGCAAUUUUGCGCCGAAGCUUCAGAAGGCUUCCAAGGCUGCUUCCAAGCCUUAUUCGGCCCGUGGGCUAAGAAGCUCCAAGGCAAUUAUCUUGUCCAUAUCAAUUUGGUGAGGAAGACGGGGGACGCUCGUUUCUUAAGAGACCUUUGA